AUGGAAGAAAACUUGAUGACGCGUCUUCCUAAUGCAACGGCCCCCCAAGUCUCAGAACCCAUUGCCAAUAAGCUAGCAAAGAAAAGUUCUGGUCCAAAGACAAGGUCAUUGAAUCUAUGGCCAAAUGGCGAUGUCAUGUUGACAUGGCAUGUCUUCAGGCAUGCUAUCGCCAGAUGUGGCCAACAUCGACGCUGGGAGCCGUAUCGACAUGAGCUGUCACCCAGCCGCGACUUGACCGCGCCAAUACCUGGCCCAAGCCCCUCAAUAAAGGCGGAGUUUGUUCGUUCUGAUACAACAGCAGAUAAAGUCUAUUCCGACACUAUAAUGUCAAAUGAUAUAAUGGCUGAUGCUCCGACUCCAGGAUUACCAGAGCUCUCUCUUAUCCAAAACUAUGUUGUCAACAUACACAGCAAGUCGCCAAUCUUAGAUCUCGAAUUCUUAAGAAAGCUAGAAGAUGAAUUACUGAAGGACAGCGAGCUUCAAUAUUGGCCGACUCGUAGGGAUCUGCCAGCAGGACUAGAGCCUCCAGAUAUGGCAAUUCUCUUACUAGUACUUGCAUUAGGUGCAGUUGUUACUGGCGAGUUACUAUAUGUGGAUCUUGAAGCCAUGGAGAGCCUGGUCAUAUGUGGAAACAACAGCUGCAAAGGCCGAGACAAUAUUACUCAGGAUUUAUGGAACAGAUAUCCGGGCAUCCUCGAAGAAAAGCUCAGCCACAGAGUACUUUGGGCAGUUGCCAAGAUGCAACUGGAGCUCACCGAAGAGAUCUAUCCACAUCUUGGAUUGUUGAAACAAGGUAAACUUGGACAACUUAUCCAAAGCACGCCGAUUCCGCCGAUUCCGCCGCCUCCGCCGCAACCUUUCGAAUGGCCCAGCAUAGGCUCUCAGCUUGACACUGAUACUUGGUAUUACUACCUAGCUGAGACUUCAAGUCGACGAUUGGUCGAACGCAUAAAAGCCGAACUGUAUAACGGUGACAACAGCGAUUCUGGGGACAUAACAAACAUAGCUGCUAGUUAUCCUCUGGCUUGCGAGCUUGAGCGUCAGAUUAACGAAUGGAUGAGCUCCCUCCCGGCCGAUUUCAGAGGUACCUCACAACUUCUAUCAGAAAACUCCCUGGCAACAGCGUUCAAUCUCGAGCAAGCCAUCAAACAGCGCAUGCGCAAAGUUCUCGUCGACCGGCAGGGACAGCUUUUGAUGCUGGUCUUCCGUCCUUUCCUAGCCGCUCUCGCAGACACCGAACCUGACACUAAUCGAUCAAUGACCGGUAACGAUGACAGUGCUUUGUUAAAGGGUACAGCAAGAUAUCUUUACUUCGCAAUCAGGUUCCUUGUCCAGCAAAACGAACAACCUGUGCGACACUACGGAUGCUGGCUACUGGCGAGAAACAUCUGGUCAACAGCCUUGUCCCUUAUUGCAGCUUGUUAUAUCCCAGCUGUGGUACGCUACAUGGAUUCGGAAGAUAUGAAUGACCAGAGUAUUGACAGCGUUAUGUCUUUGAGUCCCAUGUUCCAUGGGUCCUUCGCAGUCGUGUCACAAGGCACCUUUGUUCAGAAGUCUUUGGCUGCCUGUAAAGAUGCUUAUCGUCUUUUAAAACUGUGGGAUGGUGAGAGUAAAAGUUUGUCAUUUUGCGCAAGUCAACUGUCAACCUUGAUUGCGGAAACCCAAUGGUAUGAUGCCAGGAUGAGGUCAAGCAAUCCCCUUCCUCAAUAG